GUUUGUAUAGAUACGUAAACACAAUCCGUUCCAGUACGCGACAUGACUUUAGUUCAAGAAAAACGAAACUUUAGCCAUAUCCAAUUGACUCUUCCUCGAGCUCCACUUGCGGAGACAGUCUACCAGCAAGAAUACCGAUCACUUUCAAACAAACGAUCGCGUCAAGAUAACCAUACAACAAUAGCUCCUGGUACACCCAAACGGAAGCUAAACUUUCACGCCAUGACCAUGAAGAAACGUGAUUUGAAACCACUAGACCUUUCAAUAAGAGCGAAACCUAUAAAAAGAAAAGACCUCGAAGGCAGCACAGGAUCUAUGGACCAGCUGUAUCCUAACAGCGAUGCAAACACUAAUAGUCAGAGACUUCAUCUGCAAAAAGAUACUGCCAGCAGAAUUCAUCCAGCUACUGUAAGUCAAAGAUUAAACGAGAAGUUCCAUGUGUCAAACAACAGGAAAACAUUUAAAGCCUGGGAGCCAAAGACAGAGUUUCAGGGGGAAAUUCAUGGUGAAUCAAUGGUCGAUCAUGAUUGUCUCAAAGAUGAAGAAGUAAAGAAGCCUGAAGUAGCCAAGAAAGUUAGGAAGCGUGUUGCUCCAUUCUAUGGCCAAACAACAAACAAGGAAUUCUUCCCUCGGCUUGAAUUCAAAGAUCCUGUUGUAACGAGGCAUAGGAAACAACCAAAACCACCACCACCACUUAGAAAAGCAAAAUUUGAUGGCGUUACUUCUUAUAGUUCAGAUAAUCCUGGGUUCAUCUCUGGAUACCCCACACCAAGACGGGCAUGUACUCCUCAUGCACCAGAGCUAGAUCUAUUCCUGCCAUCAUGCAAGGAUCACUUCAUGUCAGAACAGAGACUGUCAUACCGCCAGUAUAAUCGUGCAGACUACCAUCCUCCUCAACCAUUUAGACAAGCUGAGAAGUAUGUUCCACCAAGGUCAUCUCUAGAAACAAUGACCUCUCAUAAAACUCAUUUCCCAAACCAAAAUGUCAAGACAGCCAAAUCAGAUCCUCUUCGCCCACUAACUCAACUCCAAAUGAUUGGUGAAACAAGACAGUUUCAUGAUGAUACCACAAACACCGUACAUUUCAAACACUGGCAGACAACUCCAAGGAUCAGGCAUGGAGAUCAUUAUGAGCGAGGCUAUACUCCAAGUAAAGCCACACAUCAAAUGAAAACAAUUUACUCCUCGGAAUUUCAACCAAUCAAAUGCAAGCCAGCAACGAGCUGCAAGCCUACGAAUGAACUCAUGCAAGAUGAAGAUGAUUUCCUUAAAUUUGAAGUGACAACUCAGUGA